AUGGCGGCGCCCUGGCGCUGGGUGAUCCCCGUGACAUCACAAUGGUGGCAGGCCCGAGCGCCGCCGGGCUGCUGGCCCUUCCCUUGGAAACACUUGGAGUCCCCGCCCAGCCCCUCUCCAGCCCCUGCCCAUGGGCCGCUGCCCCAGCGCUCCGCGGCUAGCGGGGGUGGAGUCGCCGGUGCCCCCUCCCCGCCUCCCGCGCUGGCCCGGGAGAGGCGGCGGCUCUGCCCGCACUGCACGUGGGCCAUGGAGGAGAAGGUCUCGGCCGCCGCCGGGCUGCACGGCCGCCGGGGCUACCCGGCCGUGCGCUCCCUGGGCAUCGCGGUGGAUGAAAACAACGUCCGGCCGGGCGCGCUGCAGCUGAUCCGGGAGCUGAGACCGCAGUGGGAGACGGAGCGAGUGAAAACCAAGCUCUUCACCGACGGCAUCACCAACAAGCUCAUGGCCUGCUACAUGGACGAGGGGAUGGCGGACGCGGUCCUGGUGCGGGUCUACGGCAGGAAGACGGAGCUCUUCGUGGACCGGGAAAAUGAGCUGAAGAAUUUCCAGGUGUUGCGAGCCCACGGCUGUGCCCCCAACCUCUACUGCACCUUCCAAAACGGCUUGUGUUACGAGUUCAUGCAGGGGACGGCACUAGGACCUGAGCAUGUGCAGCAGCCACAGAUCUUCAGGUUGAUAGCCUGGGAAAUGGCCAAAAUGCACGCAAUUCACACCAAUGGGAGCCUCCCCAAGCCCAGCCUGUGGCACAAGCUACACAAGUACCUUACCAUCGUGAAAACAGAGCUCAUCACCAAGGCAUCCAACCCCAGGUUCCAUCAGGAAGUGCCCAGUCUGGAGAUGCUAGAACAGGAGGUUGCCUGGCUGAAGGAAUAUCUCUCCCCACUGGGCUCACCCAUCGUGCUGUGCCAUAACGACCUGCUGUGCAAAAACAUCAUCUACAACGAGAUCAAAGAGCAUGUGCGGUUCAUAGACUAUGAAUACGUCAGUUACAAUUACCAGGCUUUCGACAUUGGGAACCACUUUAAUGAAUUUGCAGGGGUGAACGAGGUGGACUACAGCCUGUAUCCCAGCAGAGACACUCAACUGCAGUGGCUGAGGCAUUACCUGCAAGCCUACAAGCAACUGAGCCGGGAGAACCAGGGAAACGGAGGGGGAGUCAUCUCUGACAAGGAGCUGGAGACCCUCUACGUGCAAGCGAACCAGUUUGCUUUAGCCUCUCAUUUCCUUUGGGCAUGCUGGGCCCUGAUCCAAGAUAAAUAUUCCACCAUAGACUUUAACUUCUUCAGGUAUGCAAGGCUAAGAUUUAAACAGUACUUCAAGGCAAAGUCUGUGGUGACAGCCCUGGAGAUGCCAAAAUGAUGUCUCAAGGCUGCUUCAGGUCCACAAGAUUCCCAGCUAUUUUCUCCUGCACAGGUCGGCUGCUGCCAUGACCUCGGUUGGUCACCGGCUAGUGGAGGGGGCAGAUAGACUGGAGGGAGAGGGGGAAGGGGAAGGAAGACUUUCCGGGAAGCCAAAGAUUAAACGAAACCCCUGGAGCACAGUUAUCCCAUCUCUGGAUUUAGCCCCAUCGUUGGUUUUGCUGAUGGUGCUGUUCCGGGGGAUGACGACAGGACUUGGCUGCUGGCAAGACACUUGGUUCCAAGACUGGAGCGUGAGACAUUCAGGAAGGCAAAGAGCUCAGCUGGACUCAAAGAUUUCAGGACUGCCUUGCAGAUUAGUAUCGCCUUAAGAUUGGAGCUGUGUUCCUUGGGCCGGGCGACCCGGCAGGUAUGUCCUUUACCGAAACAAACCGUGCUGCUGUUUGGUGUCACAUCCUCCAGAGGGUAUAGGGAAUUCUGCUCGGUGAAUCCUGUCUCAAGUGGGGAUGAGGCUGACUCUGUGCUCCUAACCCCCACAGUCCCCUUCUGCCCCACACUGCAAGGGGCUGGCUCUAGACCCCUCCCCCUUUAUUUUUGAAUGCACACUUAGGGGUUACACAAGGCGGCCUGCACAGGGGCUGCAGUCAGAGGGUCUGGAGAACUUGCCACUAGGCCAUGCCAUGGGCUAACCCAAGGCACAUGGGAGAAGAAGGGGGACCUUCCUUUUGUCCCAAGCCUUAAUGAUAGCAGUUACAGCAGCUGGCAGUGACCCCUCGACUCCCACCCCUCAGCGCUGUGUUUGCCUAAGCAUCUCCAGGAGGAGGUGAAGAUCCCCUGACUGUGAAGAAUGGUCCUGCCUGCUAAAAAUAAACUUCUCUUCUCAAAUAGGGCUGCUCACCUGGUGCCUUGUCCCACAGCUGGGUGUCCUGGAGACAUGGCUGAGGCUGCACGUACCUCUUCCCUCCCCCUCCCCCACCCGGCACUCUCCUUGGGCACAGAGGAGAGCACGUAACUCGCUACAAAGCACAGCUGGCCCCCAGCUUCUAAGUUUAAAUGUGAACUUUCCCUGAAUUUGGGAAGAAGGGGAACACGUUAGGAACUGGAGUUUGCUUAGCUCAGUAGAACCAGAUCCCCGAAUCUGGCCUGGAAUCUCCCUUUAACCCUACCCAGGACGUAGUGUGUUUGGGGCAGGCGGGCACUGUGCAGUCAGCUUCCACUGGAGCCCCAAAUACUCUGCUGGAUGUGUGGUUUUGCACAAGCUUUUUCUUUUGCCUCAAAUCUAUGGGGCCACAAUCUGGUCUCCUCACAGUGUAUCUGCCAGCCAGGGACUGCUGGACCCCUCAGCCUCUCCUGGCUCUCUGAGACAUGUAGCGAGUCUGUAGGAGACGCAGAUGGAAAAGGUAGACACCCCCCGCCCCUUUGGGGCUGCGCUGUUGUAGCCUAACUCCCUCCUCCCACAUUCUCAGUGCCUGAGUCAUUCGUGUCCUGCACCUUCUGGCAGAAGGGGGCACCCUGGCGGAACCAAAGCAAUGGCCCUGGCUGUGCAGUGGGCCCGUAGGUCCAGGUGAGGGCACCUCUGCUUUGCACGGGUGGCUGGGACCACCCCGGCAGCGCUAGCAUCGGGAAUGUGGAGCUCAGUGAGAGCCAACCCGGGUAUGUCUCUGGGAGCUGGGAAUCGCACCCCCAGCUCCGAGUGUCAUCAGAGCCGGAGACCAGCCCCCAAGCACUGGGGAGCUCCGCGGCCAGCACUGAACUUUGAGCCUUGUGCAGCAGUCGGGACCACCCCCGUUUUAUUCUGGCAGAGGAUUAACCAGGGCAGUAUCCGCUCUUCCUGCAGACCAGAGCCUACGAUGGUGCUAUAACAUGGAGGGGGAGGGUGUGCAUUGCAAAAUGGGCAUGUUUCUCCCAGUUAGAUGUCAAGCCAGCGUCCCACCUGCUGCUUAGUGGCUGGUUCGGCAAGGGUUAACCCUGCUCCCUUCGUCGGUCCGCCAGCUGGCUGAGCAGUCCGGCUGCAUUCCCAAUGUCAGCUCACAUUGUCAGGGCGUCCACAGGCUGCUGGCAUAGGGCCUAUUCUGCCUAUUUGUCCCCAUGCCCUGCGCUUCGAUAUUUGUGGUUCAAAUCUAAGAUGAUUGGUGUCACUGCAAUUACCAGUGAUGUUAAACAGCUGUGCCUUCUGCCAAGAGAACGGACGCGGAAGAACAAAUCUCACAUCCUUACCCUGCAAGAGCCAGUGUGUCCGGUGUUGUCUCAAUGGUGAUAAUAAAAUGCUGCUACUGUCUGAAUCUUAGUGGAAGGUGGCUCGUUAAUAACUGACAUGGGACGGAAGUUACAGGGCAGCAGAGGGCCUCCUGGUUGCUGAGUGAGGCUGGGAGGGGGUCGGUUUAC